UCCUCCAUCCAUCUUCCUGGGCAGCAUGGGCCCCCGGGGCUCCUCUGUGCUCCUCCCCGCCGCCCUGCUCCUCCUCCUGGUCCUCCUGGGGCUGCUGCAGGUGGGGCCCAGGGGAUCCCAGGAGCGGCCAAGCCCAGCCGGGCCCCUCCAGCAGCCCUCUCCCUCCCUCAGGAGGCAACAGCAGCAGCAGCAGCACCACCAAGUCACCUACAUCAGGAGCAGCCGCCUCAGGGGCCACCAAGGCACCGCCUGCUGCCGCCUCCAGGGGGCGCCCGCCAAUAACGGCGGCAGCAGCAGCAGCAGCAGCAGGAGCAGGAAGGCUGUACGCUGGCACAUAGAUUUGCAACCCUGGGCAAGCUCUACGCCAUCGCUGAGUAAUGAAGCCCUCAGGCUCUUAAAAUAUAUCAGCACUGCCCAGAUUUCAUGCAAUCACAUGAACGUGAAAGAGCAUGCAGGAAUCCCUGACAACCCAGCUAGGCCCUGGUCAGUCUGCCUGGAUGACAGAUUUAAUUUGGUUCAUCAAAUAAAAAAGAAGCAAUGUCGCCUGUAUUCACUGGGACUGGGCAGUGAUGACAAUCAGUUUGAGAUCAGCAUGGCCAACAGUGGUUGUGAGGUGCAUCGCUUUGAUCCCAGUAUCCAGUCAGCACAUGUACGGGAAGGGCAGCAUCUCUGGUACCAUCGUCUGUCCAUAGACUGGCGGGAUCCCAACCCAAUGAUUGCGGCUCAUAAGCUUCGCAUCAACACAAAGAAGCUUGGGACCAUAUUAAAUGACUUUGGACAUCACAAGAAAAGAGUUAUGUCUCUGAAGCAAAAACAGGAACACUUAGUAGCUAUUCCACCUAGAUCUCCAUCAAUAACAUUAUUGGCACUAAACCACCUGGAAAAAGCCAUCCCAGAGGAAAGGCUCCAAGAACAAAGUCUUCUACCAGGUAUCCUUCAGUCAUAGAAGAAAUGGUGAUAAUCCACCAGGCUUUCUCACUGCUUAAGACACCAGGGAAUUAUGGCUUGAUCGAAAGAGAAUGCAACAACAUCAACAACAAAGACUUCCCCCUCCGUUGUCAAAAGGAGAUCACCCAAACAAUAAUUGUGUUUAUGUGGGCGGCAUCGAUAAUAUUGAUGCAGAUAUAGAUACUAAUUGACUGAUUGUACCAUCAUGCCCAACUUCUUUGUCAAAUCUAGAUCAACCUGUUAGUGGGGAAAACAUCCAAAUAGUCACAUGGAAUGUUGCUGGGUGGAAGGAAACAGUGAAUGUUGAUAUAGUGGGUUUUCUUUCUAAAUUUGAUGUUGUUGCCAUCCACAAAACUUGGUUAACUAGCGAGGAUGAGCCACUAAAACUACCAGGCUUUCAAUGUUGGGAUACCCCUGCCCAAAAACUAAUAAAUAAGGGGAGAGCUUCUGGUGGCCUCUGUAUUCUUAUAAAACAAGAAUUACACUGGCAUGGGGAGAAAUUAUAUAAUGGGGAUAAAUACUCCCAUUCCCUAGUUAUGAAAUUUACCUAUAAAGAUUUUGAAGUUGUAAUGGUAGCCGUGUAUAUCCCUCCUAUUACUUCCCCCUUCUAUAAUACGAAUUUGUGGACUUCUCUAGAAGCUCAAAUGGAAGAACUUAUAAUUCUCAAUCCUCAAUCCACAAUAAUUUUAUUGGGUGACUUCAAUGCCAAAUUAGGUCCAUCUCUUUAUGAUUUUGCCCAAAAGAACAACUUUAGAUGGGCUAAAGUUGAUACUACGGCAAUAUCAGUUAGUCUCAAACUAGAGAACGUGGAAAACUGGGCCAGUACAAUCCGGUCACCUUUGGUUGAUUGGGUAGCAGUCACAGAUGCAUUUACAAACUUAUGCCAAAUGUUGAAGAACUAUUUAACAUCUAAGCCCAAAAGGGAAAACUGUAAGAAAACUAAUUCACCCUGGUUUGACACAGAAUGUAGAAGUUCUAUGGAGCAAACUAAUUGACCUUAAAAUUGAAUUGCGAUUGUUGUUAGGGCUUGCGAAUGAAUUGAAUAUAUUUCUAGUUCUGCUCUAACAGCAGCCACGGAUGUCCUCUUGUUCUUUAAUACAGCCCUUUAUACAGGUACCAGUUUGAGAGUGAGAUUUGGUUUAAACGGAGCCUUGACAAAUAAAAUCGAUACAUACAAAGGAGUAAGACAAGGGUGCUUAUUAGCUCCCUUAUUAUUUAAUUUAUAUAUUAAUGACCUGCCAUCUGCAUUGAAAGAUUCUACAGUCCAUAUGCCAACAGUCCUACAUACUCCUUGUAACACUUUGCUUUAUGCUGAUGACAUGAUUUUGUUAUCAUAUUCUCAAGUAGGUAUGUGGAGAUUGUUAAACAGACUUAGUGGUUAUUGUCAGAAUAAUUUUCUGACCAUUAACAAAUCUAAGUCAAACAUAAUGGUAUUUGGUAAACGAACGCAGAGUCAUAGAUGGCAAUUAGAGAGUGAGCCAAUAGAUCAAGUAAGGAGCAUCUCUUAUCUAGGUGUAACAUUCUCAGAAAAGAGAUCCUGGUCAUGCUAUCAUCAAAGGAGUUCACUUAGAGCAAAGGCCCGUUUGAAUCUCAUACUUAAACUAAAAGCUCAAAAAUACCCUGGCGCUCUAACACCAAUAAUUAAUGUUUAUAAAGCUGAAGUUACACCUAUGCUUUUAUACGCAGCAGAAGUUUGGGGUCUAAAUUCCAUUUCAGUAGUUGAACUAGCUCAGUCUCAUCAUCUGAGAUGUAUAUUGGGUGUACACAAGAGGACAUCCAUGGCUGUUGUUAGAGCGGAACUAGAUUCAUUCGCAAGCCAAAAUCAAAGUGUUUAACUAUUGGUGUAAAAUUAAUGAAAUGGAGCCAGAUAGACUACCAAAAUUAUGUUUCUUAGAACAGUCUCAAUCCCAUCUUGAGUCCUCUUGGUUUAGACAUAUAAUAAACUUUAUUAUGAGCUGUGGUCCCCCUGUAACCUGCACAAUCAAUGAGCAAGCAAAAAAGGGUGCGAGACAGAGAAUCCAGGAUGUCGAGGCCCAAAAAGAUAUAGCCACCCUUAGUAAGGUAGGCAUUUUAAAAUGGCUGGGUUGUUUUAAAUGCACUUUUCAAAGACCUAACUAUCUAAAAAUACAAAUGCCAAAAUACCUGAGGGAGGCAUUUACUUGAGCUAGAUUUGAUCAUCUUGACAUAAUGGUAAGAUAUGGUAGAUUUAAUGGUAUUCCUUAUGAUGAGCGAACUUGUAUUUGUGGAGACCAAGAGAUUGAAGAUUUAGCUCAUAUUCUAUUCAAGUGUAAUUUGUACCAACAGAAAAGAGACCAGUAUCUUGGUCACUAUAUCAAACGGUCAAUGGUCUGGGAUACCCAUGUUAGAACUUCAUACUUCAUGAGUGGUCAAGAUUCAAAAAUAUCUAUUACCACAGCUAAGUUUCUAUGUAAAGCAAUACAGUUGAGAGCUAGAUAUGUGGGGACAAUUGGGGUCAACUGUAGAGGUCAAGAGGAAUUUUGAUGUGUAACUGAUGUUCAAUCUUUUGUUUUAUGUACUGUCAUUUUAAAGCUGUAUUUUCCCCCUCUCUAUUUUACCCAUUUUUGUAUUUUGAAUCUUUUAUAUAGAUUUUUAUAAUCAAGUUUUAUAAUUUUGUUUCAUUUAUGAGUUUUGUACUUAAAUUGUAUGGCAUUCACAUGGUAUCUGUACGGUAUUUUAUUCUUAUUUUAGAUUUAUUAUAUUUAGCUUUUUCUAAUUUCUAUAGAACUUCUAUAGAAUUUUUAUAGUGUGUUUUG